GAAACAUAUGAGGUGACUGCAGAACUUAACCCAGGAAUUGUCCGUUUCAAGAAAAAGUCAAAUGAUUGGGAUAACUGGAGAGUAAAAGUAGAGGAGAAGUUCAAUGUGAAAAUUUUCUGCUCAGAAGAUGCUGUGAAAGUUGGAGGCAUGUUUCAUGACAUACUUGAGCUGGAGAACUAUUUAGAAAGCAGUUCUGCACUAGAUGAUCCUAUAAUGUCUGAUGGCAUGUUUGAUAGUAGUGGUAAAAGUUUAGUACCUAUGCCCUUGAAUGAAGACCAUUUCGGCCAGAUUCAUCACUCACCCAUUUUGGUUAGGAUGUCAGAAACUGAAUAUCAAGCCUUUAUGUUGCUGUGCAAAUUAGAAGAAACUACCAAUGAAGAAAAGAAUAUACGCAUAUGUUAUGAUAUAACUGCACAUGGUAUGUUAAUAUCAACAAGCAGAAAUAUACCCACAGUUAAACAGCAAGUAGAACGAGAGCUUCAAAUCCUAAAAAAUAAUGAAAGGCACAUACAAAUACAGAGUGAAACCGACCUGACAUUAGCCACACAAGCCAUUGAGAAGGUCCAGGAAGAAAUGAAAGUAUUUUGCUGCAUAACUAGCAAUAAUCAAGAUGUCAUGAUAACAGGUCUUCAUUUUGAUGAGGUUGAAAAAGCAUCUUGCCUGAUAUCACAAUCAUUGCAGCUUCCAGUACCUGACCAGACUGGAAUGUUUAGUUAUUGUUACAGGAUUUCAGACUUGCUCAUUUUUGUGCAAAAAGGUGAUAUAGCACAUACGAAAGCUGAUUGCAUUGUUGUGCCUUCUGUUAUAUACAUAGGUGGUAUUAAUUCUUCUUCCAAAGGUAUUGUUGGACAGUUAGCAUCCAUCAAAGGAAGUCAGUUUAAAGAAAAAUGCCAUGAAUCAGCCACCAAAGAGAAUAAGUGUUUGAAGGAGAAUGAAUGUAGAGUAAUCAAAAAUUGCAGCCUUCCUUUGACAGAUCAGGUUAUGCUUGUCAAAAUACCAUAUAUUUACACAGUAAGCCAGGAGAAAUUGAAGGCAUUUGAAGACUUACUUCUCAAGGUGGUUUUAACAGCAGACGAGCAAAAUGUUUACACUCUCGCUCUUCCUUUACUAUCAUCAGAUGAACGUAAAGGUGGAUUAACAAAGGCACUGUCUGCACAGCAGUAUGUGCGUGCAUUUGAGAGAUUAAAAGAACAGAGAAAAAAUGUCAGACUGAUUACGAUUGUUGACAAGAAUGAAGAGGUGAUUGAGACAGUGAAAACUGUUUUUGGCAAACACUUGGAAGUUGUUAAAUCUGACUGGAAGUUGUCAGAACUGACAUACAAGUAUGUGCCAACAUCUGGGUAUCAAGCAGGAGAGUAACAACCCACAGGAAAAAAUUGUGAAGUUCGUCUAGUACAUGUGGACAGUGAUGGGCCACUAUGUUAUAUAAAGCAGUGUCAAUUUUUUAGCUGUUAUUCUGGUUUAUUGAUAAGAUAUUAUAUGAUUUGUAUUUCAAUAUUAUGCCCCUUAAAGGGGAGGCAUAUAGUAGUCAGACUGUCUGUUUGUCUGUCCAUUUCUAUUUAUUAAUCCCCCGCCGUGGCGGAGGGAUUAUAGGAAUGGUCUGCGUCCUUCUGUCCAUAACAAAAUCGUGUCCAGUCCAUAUCUCCUAAACCCCUUGAAGGAUUUUCAUGAAACUUGGGUCAAAUGAUCACCUCAUCAGGACGAUUGCAGAACCCAUGAGUCAGCCUUGUCAGUUCAAGGUCAAGGUCACAACUCAAGGUCAAAGGUUUAAGCCUGCCAUUUUGUGUCCGCUCUAUAUCUCAUAAACCCCUUGAAGGAAUUUUAUAAAACUUGGGUCAAAUGAUCACCUCAUCAAGAUGAUGUGCAGAACCCAUGAGUCAGCCAUGCCAGCUCAAGGUCAAGGUCACAACUUAGGGUCAAAGGUUUUGAGCCUUCCAUUUUGUGUCCACUCUAUAUCUUCUAAACUCCUUGAAGGAUUUUCAUCAAACUUGGGUCAAAUGAUCACCUCAUCAAGACGAUGUGCAGAACCCAUGGGUCAGCCUUGUCGGCUCAAGGUCAAGGUCACAACUCAAGGUCAAAGGUUUGAGCCUUCCAUUUUGUGUCAACUCUAUAUCUCCUAAACCCCUUGAAGGAUUUUCAUCAAACUUGGGUUGAACGAUCACCUCAUCAAGGCGAUGUGCAGAACUUAUGAGUCAGCCAUGCCGGCUCAAGGUCAAGGUCACAACUUAGGGUCAAAGUUUUUGAGCCUUCCAUUUUGUGUCCGCUCUAUAUCUUCUAAACUCCUUGAAGGAUUUUCAUGAAACUUGGGUCAAAUGAUCACCUCAUCAAGACGAUGUGCGGAACCCAUGAGUCAGUCAUGCUGGCUCAAGGUCAAGGUCACAACUUAGGGUCAAAGGUUUGAGCCUUCCAUUUUGUGUCCGCUCUAUAUCUCCUAAACUCCUUGAAGGAUUUUCAUUAAACUUGGGUUAAACGAUCACCUUAUCAAGGCGAUGUGCAGAACUUAUGAGUUGGCCAUGUCGGCUCAAGGUCAAGGUCACAACUAAAGGUCAAAGGUUUGAGCCUUUCAUUUCGUGUCCGCUCUAUAUCUCCUAAACCCCUUGAAGGAAUUUUAUAAAACUUGGGUAAAAUGAUUACCUCAUCAAAACGAUGUGCAGAAAUUAUGAGUCAACCAUGCCAGCUCAAGGUCAAGGUCACAACUAAGGGUUGAAGGUUUGAGCCUUCCAUUUUGUGUCCACUCUGUAUCUCCUAAACCCCUUGAAGGAUUUUCAUCAAACUUGGGUCAAAUGAUCACCUCAUCAAGAACUCAUGAGUCAGCCAUGUCAACUCAAGGUCAAGGUCACAACUGAAGGUCAAAGGUUUCAGCUCUGUAUCUCCUAAACCCCUUGAAGGAUUUUCAUGAAACUUGGGUCAAAUGAUCACCUCAUCAAGACGUUGUGCAGAAUUCAUGAGUCAGCCAUGUCAGUUCAAGGUCAAGGUCACAGCUAAAAUCAAAGGUUUACCCUUUCACUAUCCAUAGCAGUGGCGGGGGAUUUAGCUGUCUUUCAGACUGCCUUGUUUAUUGCAGGUAUCAAUGUUUAAAGGAUGAUUGCCUAUGGUAUUUAAAGAAAACCAAUUGAUUUUGGGGUCAAAGGUCAAGGUCGCAGUCACCUUGAAACUGAGAAUGGUUUCCGGUUGAUAAAUAAAGAACACUUACCUGCAGACGACAUAGGAUGAUUGCCUGUGGUCAGUGGAUGACCCCAUUUUUCUUUUUGGGGGAUGAUGGGGGAGUCAAUAUGUUAAAGGUCAAGGUCACAUUAACCGUUAGACUGAGUUUUUGAUUGGUAAUUGAAGAAUGUUUUGGCUAACAGGUGUCAAACUUCUUAAGAUGAUUGCAUGUAUUUAAAUCUUGUUUCUGUGGUCAGUCAGUCAAAGGACAAAUGUCAUGGUGAUCAAGAAAGGCCAUCAUGGGGAGCAUGUGUGUUUUACAAGUACAUCUUUUUUUCUUUCUAUUUUGAGCUACAAAGAAGACAGCCCGUUUAUUCAAAACUUUACACAUACAUAUACAUAUUUCUGAAUAAAAUAAUGGACAGAAUCAAUUCAAAUAUACAUAGUUACAUGUUUUCAUUAUAUCAAAUCAUGUAAAAUAUGAUAUGUUGUUAUGCGAUAAGAGACUAGAGAUGACAGACGGUAAGAAGAUUACAGAAGGAAUGAGAAAAAUAGAGAAAAAAAAUGAAUGUAAAAAUACCGUCAUCAAGCUUCCUGAAAAUAUGAUGUUGUGCAGCUUACAAAGUCAGCCGAUCCCACAUUUUUUUCUUACUGAUUAAUUUAUUCUUCUUGAAUGCUGUGUGUUUUUCAGUUUCUUCAUCAUUUUGAGAUAACUAAUGAACUAUUUAAUGCUUGGACUUUGAUUUCCUUAUUUACAUUUAUAAAUGAAGUAUUUUGCUAAGAUUAUGAUGCAGUUCAUUAUUUGUUGAGUUUGUGAUUUUGUUUGGGAACCAAAUGAAACAUUUUGAAAGUUAAACAAGUCUUUACCUUUGUUGUUUAAGAAGUGUUUCUUAUUUGUCCAAAAAUCUUGUACGAUCUGGCAUUCCAAAAAAAGAUGUCUCAAGGGUUCUCCAUUUUACAAAAAUCACAUAAGCAAGAUUCGAUAAUUUUGCAUUUAUUUCAUAAACAAUUUGUUGCUAUAAUCCUUUUUCAUAUGCCUGUUUUGAAAAACUAUGUAUUAUGUGAUUGCACUUGCAUCUGUUUGACUGUCCAUCUGUCUGUACAUGUCCAGAGCAUAACUUUAUAACCAUAAGAUACUGACUUUAAACUUGGCCUAUAGGUAAAUGGCGAUGCAAUCUGACUAAAGUACAUCUCCUAUUUUGCUACGCUUAGGAUCUGGGAACGAGCUAUUGAUAGCCUCGUUCUGACGACCCUUUCACUAGCCAAUCAGAGAUUAACUUAAAACAUUUUGCAAAUCUAUAGUUAGCCUUGAUUUUUUAUAUUUACAAUUCUUACGCCUUUAUGUGUCGGUAGGCCACUUGCUCUGUAAGCGAGGGGUCCUGGGUUCGAGCUCUGGAUUAACUGCACAUUUUUCUUACUCUUUGACAUUCGAACAAGUCGUCUGAUUGGUUUUAAUAAAAAUAGAUUUGCGAAAAUAAAAAUAGCAAUAUUGGAAAUUCAAAAUAUACAGAAAACGAAUGUGAAUGGGUCGUUCUUAGAUCUUCAUUUAGAAGAGCAUAACUUCAUAUUAUUAAAGGCAUUGACUUGAAAAUACAGGCAGAUGUGCAGACACAAACAUUCUACAUUACACUUCCCCCACACAUUUCCCGCCCCCCCCCCCCCCCCAAAAUUAGUUUCUUAAUCUUUAGUAUUCUGUCACCACACCCCCACUCGCACACAACCAGCUUCCUCCCUCGCACCACCUAUAGUCCUGUUCAAUAAGGGUUGUUAUCUCCCCUGAUUUAUUACUCCCCCUGUGAACUCUUCAGUGCCAAAAGAUAAGAUCAGCAUACAUCUAAAAUAUUGGGGAGCAAACAUGAUUAACUGAAUUUGCAUAUGUUACAAAUUGCUGAUUACAAUCUGUUGAUAGAAAUUGAAUAUUUAUCAUGUUUAUAUAAUAAUUGAUAAAAAUGAAAACAGCAUGUCAUCUGGUCUGAUCUUGCAUUAUCAAUUAUGUGAGAAAUUUUGUUACUUCGAUAACAUUAUCAAAUAAUUGACAUCAUGAGAGACCUGAUAUACUAGUUUAUGCAGGAUCUGAAACGAAAUUCUAAUCCUUAUUGAUUUUAUUCUUUUUUUAACUUUUUUUAAAAAAUAUACAGACACUGCUGCUUGAUCUAAAAGAAUAAUUUAUUACAAAUAGUAAAGUUACAGAUCACAGAAUGACAACAAAAUUUCAUUAAAUACAUGUAAUGCUGAUAUUGAGAAAGACCAUUUUUAACGAAGUUGAAACAAAUGCCAAACAUUGUUAAAAAGUGAAGCGAGUGUUGAUUCCUCUUAAAUAUUUUAAAACUAUUGCAGACUUACAGAGAGGAUAGUUGAUUGUUUUAGUUUAAGAUUGAAAUAUAUUUCACAGAUUGGAACACCAUAUGUAAUAUUUCUCCUAUCGCUUAUAAUUCGUAUUCUCUGGAACAACUGAUAUGUGUAUUAGACCUUCCUGGUAUUCUUUAGUGUACCAUUGAAAAAUUAAAAUAUUGUCAGUACUUUGUAACAGUGAAAAUAUUAAUUUUAUUUCAUUGAUGUACUUAAAUAACAACUGCAGUUUACUCCCUUCAGCAAAGAAAUUGUCAAAAAUGAUUAAAAAAUUAGUAAUAUGCAGGAAGACCUUUGUUACCUAAAGUAAACCUGGUUAAAGCAGUCAUUUACCAGUGUAAAUUUUGUAAUAGUUUGAACCUCAUUUAAACAGCCACAUUUAUCACUUUGACCCAAAGACGUACUGUCCUUGAGUUAUUUAUACACAGUUUUAUUUCAUAGUGAAACGUUAAUUUCUGCGAUUUUUUUUUCUUCUUUAUAUGCCGCGAUCAGUUUCAGUCAGUACCGGACAAUUUCCCAAAGUGACAAAAAAACGCUGAAUUUAUACUCCUUUUCAGGCCAUUAUUUGACAGUCGGAGCGGGAAAGCUUAUAUACUGAUCAUGAGCUAAUUCCCUUCAGUCAUUAUGCCAUCUCAAUGAUAUUGAAAUUACUCCCAUCUGACAGUUGUUGGGUUUUGUUUUUUAAAAAUGAAACAUUAUUUCAAGAAUUCUCUCAAAUUCACGAAAAAAAGUCAGCUAGUUGUAAAAAAAUAUAUGGAAAAUAAUAUGUCAUAUUUUGUUCGGCGAAAUAUUUCAACUAUUUAAGAGGCGGAAUAGCUCUUCUUGAUCAGUAUGUAGGAAAGUUCUGUUUUAGGAUAAGAAGCUGAUAAAAUACGUUUUCUUCUUUAAAUCAUUUGGCAGCGAUGGCAUAACAUUUGCUUUGACAUAGUAGUGGAAAGAAUUAUUUGUGAUUUUGUGAUAUCUCACUGUGUGUAGAUGACCAUCUUCGUAGAAUACAAAUUUCGCUUUCAACUGCCUUUUAGCAUUCAUGUUUUCAGAGUCAAAAUUUUCAGGUAAUUAUACAAAUCCUGCUUUCUGAAAAAUGGUAAACGAGACGAGUUGUUGUCCCACACAUCUUUUAAAGUGUUGGGCUCCGGUAUUUGCUCACCAAGAGGAGUACAAAAAUUUCUGAUUGUCGUUGAUUGUAGCGCUGAUCGUCCUCGUUUUGCAUUUCACGAAGUGGCCUAGUGCCUAAUGUAACAAGUCCUUUAGCACGUUUUAUUAAUUCCGGCCUAUUUCCAGAAACAUGUGCACCUCUAUCUCUUAAAAAACCUCAAUUCACGCAGUGAUUGUCAAAGUCACACGGUUCAUUGAUUCCAUUGAUCGUCGCCAUUUUCUGAUUUUUUUUGCACACCGGAAGUAGUUUUUAUCAAUAACGACAACUCACGCAAGGGAAGUAACAACCUUAUUGAACAGGACUAUAUCCCCCAGCCAUGCCUCCCGCCCCGCCCCGCCCCCCCCCCGCAAAUUAAAGUAUUGUGACCGGUCAUUGUCCGGCGUCAGUCGUCUGUCAACAUUUGCCUUGUGAACAAACUAGAGGCCACAUUUGUGACCCAAUCUGUAUGAACUUGGUCAGAAUGUUUGUCUUGAUAAUCUCUAGGUCAAGUUCGAAAAUGGGUCAUGUUGGGUCGGUAACUAGGUCAUACCGUCAAAUAAAAGGAAAAGCUUGUGAACACUCAGACCACAGUUGUGACCCAGUCUUGAUGAAACUUGGUCAGAAUGUUAGAGGCCACAGUUGUGACCCAAUCUUUAUGAAACUUUGUCAGAAUGUUUGUCUUGAUUAUCUCUAGGUCAAGUUUGAAACUGGGUCAUGUGAGUUCAAAAACUAGGUCAGUAGACCAGAUUAUGGGAAAAGCUUGUGAACACUCUCUGGAGGCCACAGUUUUGACCCAGUCUUUAUACAGCUUGGUCAGAAUUUUUGUCUUGAUGAUUUCUAGGUCAGGUUUGAAUCUGGAUCAUGUGGGGUCAAAAACUAGGCCACAAGAUCAAAUCAAAGGAAAAGCUUGUGAACACUCUUUGUGUGACCCAAUCUUUAUGAAGCUUGGUCAGAAUCUUUUUCUUCAUAACUUCUAGGUCAAGUUUGAAUCUAGGUCAUAUGGGGUCAAAAACUAGGUCACCCGGUCAGAUCAAAGGAAAAGCUCUUAUAGAUUCUAGAGGCAACUUUUUUUGCUCCAGUCUUGCCGUAACUUUGUCAGAAUGUUUGUUUUCAAAAUGUUCAGAUUUGGAUCAUGUUGGGUAAAAAACUAGGUCACUAGGUCAAAUCAAAGAAAAUGCUUUUUUACACUCAAGAGGCCAUGUUCUUUGGUCCAAUCUUAAUGAAAAUUGGUCAGAAUAUUUGCCUCAAUGAAAUCACAAGGUAAAAUAUGUUUACACUGUUAUGGUAUGUUACUCAGGUGAGCAACCUAGGGUCAUCUCUGCCCUCUUGUUUUCAUUUUUCAUUCAUUUUAUUGCCCUUUUGUAUCCUUUCACUGCAACAAUCUACAUUCCUCCCCCACCCCUUUCUUUUCAUUUAGUUUCUUACCUACUGCAUACAUACAACCUGCUCCCCUGCACACACACCCACCAAAAAAUCUUAAAAUAUUGAUUCGUCUUUAAAUUUUUCUUCCGUCUUCCUCUGAAACAACCCUUCAGGCAUGUUGCCCCGCUUGGCGGAGCUCUUGUAAGAUAUUUUUAUUGGAAAACUUGUAAUUUAGAGUCACUGCAACUAGAAAAAAAUCAACUAUAUUUCAUUCUCCAAUUUAAAUUUUCAUAGACACUAGCUAUUCCAUAUCAUUUAAGAUUUUAUUUAUUGUAUUUAAUAUGUCUUGUUUUCUCUGAUAUUGUUUUAUAGUAGUUUAUUUGCUAUUUUAUAAACUUUGAAUUAGUUGUCAUACCGAUUUUCAUUUUUAGCUCAUCUGAUUUUUUGAAAAACAAGAGCUGUCGGACAUCAGCAACACUCGACUAUGCAACAGCCUUGUCAUUUGAAUGAAUACAAAAGUUGAAAAAGGGGCAUAAUUUUAGAAAAUGGGAAAUAGGGUUAUGGAACCUGCACAGUGCUUAUCAGAUCAUGGCAGUGGACAAGUGUGUGAAGUUUUAAUCCAUUCCCAUCAGUGGGUACUGAGAUACCAGCUAACACAUAAAAAUUUAACAAAAAACUGCUAAGUUGAAAAAGGGGCAUAAUUUUGAAAAAAAUGCAAAAUAGAGUCACUGAACCUUUGCACUACAUGUUAUAUCAUGACAGUGAACAAGUGUAUGAAGUUUCAAUUCUUUCCCAUUGGUGGAUACUGAGAAACCAGCUUACAUACAAAAACUUAACCAAAAACUGCUAAGUCAAAAAAGGUGCAUAAUUUUCAAAAAAAUGCAGUGGAGUUAUGGGACCUGCACAGUGCUUGUCAGAUCAUGACAGUGAACAAGUGUGUGAAGUUUCAAUCCAUUCCCAUUAGUGGAUACUGAGAUACCAACUUACAUACAAAAACUUAACCAAAAUCUGCUAAGUUGAAAAAGGUGCAUAAUUUUGAAAAAAAUGCGAAGUAGAGUUAUGGGACCUACACAGUGCAUGUCAGAUCAUGACAGUAAACAAGUGUAUGAAGUUUCUCAAUCCAUUCCCAUUAGUGGGUAGUGAGAUACCAGCUUACAUACAAAACCUUUACCAAAAAUUUCUAAGUCAAAAAAUGAGCAUAAUUUUGUAAAAAAGCAAAAUAGAGUUAUGGAACCUGUGACAUGUAAGUCAGUAGUGAAUAAGUGUGUGAAGUUUCAAUCCAUUCCCACAAGUUGUUACUGAGAUACCAGCUUACAUACAAAAACUUAAUCAAAUUGGGACGCGGAUGCCGACGUGGAUGCCGAUGCACUGGUGAGUCCAAUAGCUCUACUAUUCUUUGAAUAGUCGAGUUAAAAAUGAUGAGUUAUUGUCAUCACUUGAUUGGCAUUGGCGUUGUCUGGUUAAGUUUUAUGUAUAGAUCAGCUUUUCUCCUAAACUGUCAAAGUUAUUGAUUUAAAACUUUCAACAUUUGUUCACCAUCAAUAGCUGACUCUGUACAGCAAGAGACAUAACUCCAUCCUGCUUUUUGCAAGAAUUAUGGCCCCUUUAGGACAGAAAAUCAAAUUUCUUGGUUAAAUUCUAUGUUUAGGUCAGCUUUUCUCCUAAAGUAUCAAAGCUAUUGCUUUAAAACUUGCAACACUUGUUCACCAUCAAAAGUUGACUAUGUACAGCAAGAAACAUAACUCCAUCCUGCUUUUUGCAAGAAUUAUGGCCCCUUUUGAACUUAGAAAAGCAAAUUUCUUGGUUAAGUUUUGUGUUUAGGUCAGCUUUUGUCAUAAAGUAUCAUAGCUAUUGCUUUAAAACUUGCAACACUUGUUCACCAUUAAAAGUUGACUCUGUACAGCAAGACACAUAACUCCAUCCUGCUUUUUGCAAGAAUUAUCGCCCUUUUUGGACUUAGAAAAUAUCAGAUUUCUUGGUUAAGUUUUGCAUUUAGGUAAUCUUUUCCCCUUAACAGUCAAAGCUAUUGCUUUAAAACUUGGAGAAGUUGCUGACUCUACACAGCAAGUACCGUUACUCUACAUUGCUUUUUGCAAGAAUUGUGGCCCCUUUUGGACUUUAAAAAUCAUGGGUAGGAGAAUAUUUCUGUUAUACAGAGACAAAAAAAUCAGAUGAGUAUCUGCACCCGAAAGGCGGUGCUCUUGUUUAUUUUUUUCCUUCCAUUCACUUGGAAUAUUAGAAACAAUUUUAUGAUAAUUAAGAAAUUCUGAACAUUUUAGAUUAAACCUAUGUUGAACUGUUGCAAUUUAGAAAAACUUUUUUUUCUGAAGUUGUAUAUUUUUUAAUAAAUUUCACACCUGCUCUACAUCAUCCAUUAUAGUAUAUGGUUUUAUUUUCAUUUUGGAUUAAAAAAUUGUUCUAUA